CCUCUUCCGGCGAAACGAUCAAAGCCGCCGACUGUGCCGAGGCAGGUAGUGGAAGUCGGGCAUGUCCGGAAGCGAGUGAAGAAGCUCGAAGAUGCAACGUCCUCUGAUGGGAGUACUGCUGCGGCACUUGCUCAGGAAGUCCUUUCGGCGCCCUAUCUUACCGUCGACUUGUGGCAUCAACUCUUCGACAUAUACAAGCUGCACUUCGCUACCGAACUCCCGUUUUUGCACCUCCCAACUCUCAAAGUCAUCGUUCACGAUAAAGAGAACGAGAGGGCGUCAACCGAAUCGAAUCUGGUUCUAUUGGGCAUUCUGGCUCUCACUGCAAGAUUUCAUCCCGACUUGGUCAAAAAUGUGGCACACCUCACACACGAAAAGAUCGCGCACCCCAAGUCUCGCGGUAUACUAACCAGUUCGGCGCCGUCAAUAGCCUCAGAGUACUUCGCAAACGCUCUGACAAAGGCACUGGGGCCACUCGAAUCAGCCUUGACAUCAGCGACUGUCGUCCGUGUCCAAGCUUUUCUCAUGCUGGGCUUGUACAAAUGGAGUCAGCCGAAUGGCGGCUUGGCUGCAUGGAUGUAUGUUGGCGUUGCCAUACAGAUGGCUCAAGGCUUAAAAUUGGGGUUUAGAGACAAGCCUUUAGGCGGCAAGAGAACUCUGCCCUUGUCUCCUCGGUCAAGUAAAUCUGCCCAACCACCCUCCGACCUUUGGAAAGAUCAGGAGGUGAGGCGUCGUACCAUGUUCAGUUGCUUGAUACUGGAUCGUCUCCUAUCCUGCGGAUCAGAUCGGGUUUCUAUGGUUCGGUCCGACGAUCUUCAAAUCCAGCUGCCAUGCACUGAACACGCCUCCGACCUUGGCCGUGUCGUCUACACCGGAUUCUUGCGGCAGAUGGGACAUGGCAUGGAGCCACCAAUAGAUGACAGCGUGUUGAGUCGAUUCGUGCAACUAGCAGAUUUCUGGGGCGAUAUUACCAAGUACAGUUUCGCGGGCGGCCGCCAUACGGAAUCCCUUCCGCCGUGGGACCAAGAGUCGACUUUCUAUCAACUGAAUAAAAAGGUAGACGGCUUUUACGCACACCUUCCGGAAGAGUUCACCUGGUCCAACUCGAACUUUUGGAAACACGACAGUAGCAUGUAUACAUCGCUUCACAUGCUGGGUGCCCUAUGCAAAAUCAUGCUGCAUCGCGAAUACAUCCCGUUCAUCGCCAUCAAAUGUUCUGAGCCGGUCGGCCCUCUGGAUGAGCCUGUAUUCAACCGCGAAACUGUUCCCGACCACUUUUGGGAACGAAGCGCAGAGCAGGUUUUCAAAGCUGGAAGGGAUAUCAUCGACCUCAUCUCGACAUGCAGAGACA